GGCGGGGGGGUGCGGUGAGGAGUGCUGCGUUUUGAUUAGGCCAUAACCUCAGGGGGGCGCGUGUGUGUUCGGUCGCUACCGACAUUGAGAAUGGAUGGAUGAUGCAGCAGAGGGCCCUGGGCUGGGCGGAAGUACUAUAUAUGUAAUGACCUGUGUCUGCUCGUCUGUUGCAGCGUUAAUACGAUUCAUCUGGUUUCGCCUGUCUAUCGCUGGUUUUUUGUGGCCGUGGGAUCUCUGGGGCGUUUGCUUUUGUACGACUUUCGGAGCCAGUACCGAUUCUACAUGUCCUCACGAGGCCUUUGGAUUCACCGAAUUUUAUACACGCACACACAAUUUCUGGAAAUAUUCGACCGAUAAAAUGGACAGUCCGCCCUCUUCGACUGCCAGCCGGCGAGCCUCGAUGGAUUCGAUGGAAGGACUGGACGACUACUUUGCGAAUUAUGUACCGCUUUCCAGUUUACCGACUCCUCCUGAACCAGUUGGGUCGGACGGAGAAGAAGGCUGUAGGAACACGAGGCAAGGCUAUGGUUCUGAGAGGCUGAGAGACUCAUACUAUGGCCCAUCCCUCCACCUCGCCAACCUUAUUCCGUCAGGCGUCUGCCUUCACCGCCCCUCGCCAUCAGCCAUCCAAUCCUAUCUCCAACGGUGCAUGCUGCCACUCGAGACCAUCGCUCUCGCCGGCUGUGUGUUGGACUCACUCAGCCUCAAGUUCAGUCGCAAGAUCCGGGAAGCCUUCGCGGCCGCGCACAUCGCCAUGCCGUCAAGCCCAGAGAUCCUCGUCCUGGCGUCCCUCGCCCUGGCCACCUCUUACCUUGCCGACGACCACCUCCUGGCAUCGUACUGGACCGGCGUGGUGGCGCAGAGCAGUGUCACAGCACAGCAACUCAAUCUCACGUCGCGCUGUCUGUUGCUGCACAUCGGCUACGGCCUGCAUGGCUUCACGCCGGACAUGGUGGAGGAGACGAAGGAGGAUAUGCUCAGGGCAGGAACCUGCAAUACGUGUCUGGGCUCGACAUACUUGCCCAUACCGAAGGCGGCCUCGUUCACUCCGUCGACGCCGCCACAGAGAGCCGUGGAGGAGUUUGGCCUCCUGACGCCAGGACUUACACCAUCGUCGUGAGUCUGCAUGGAAAAUUUUUGGAUAUUACAUGUUUUGGAUGUUGUUUACAUCAAGCAAGGCGCUUUGGAGUUGUCCCCCUAAUCUGUGGUCAGAGUCGUGCUCGUACUCUCGCUGCAUAGCGUAUUUGUUCUCCUGGAGCAUAUGAU